UCAUCCGAACUGUCAAACGGCGUUCUUCAGCAGAUUCAGCAGAUUGUGAAGCAAAAUCCAAGUCUCCUUGAUAAAGGUACAGAGGAGUUGGAGACUGUUCUAACAACACUGGCAGCUCUCCCCUUCAAAGAUGAAGUCCAGCAGGCUAACUUCCUGGAACGUGUUCAACGUUUGGAAGGCAACCACAUCAUCCAGGUUUUCAAUUUAGGCGUGUCGCCUCUUCAGGAGUAUUUCCCAGAGUCUUCAGCCGAAUUUCUUGAAGAAGUGAUCAAGCUCUUUGAAAUUUGCUUUUCUUUCUGCUACACCACUGACGUGUCAAAGCGAGUUGCUUUUGACUAUUACGUCAGAGCUUUGAAAUUCUGCUUCCCUUCGGAGCCAAAGCAAUGCUUGUCAACUUCAGCUGUUUGCAAAUUACUCGAACUUGUACAGAUUUUUCAAGAAGGGAAGCUCGCUCACAUUGCCAGUAACGAGACUGAGAGUCCAGCCAAUUUAAGGAACUUGCAAUUCAACGGAACCAGUUAUCUGUUUGGUGAACUCCUGCAGAUAUUUGAAUCCCGGCGACACGACGACUACCUUGUGGAAAUUAUCGAGCAAACAGUGCGGUUAGCUUCUGCAGAUGCAAACGUAAAAUGCAUUCAACAACAUGCAAUCGGAGAAGUGACAUUGCGGAACGAAAACGUGGUUUCUCCAGUUUUCGUGACAAAUUGGAUGAAACUUCUCAAGUUAACAAAUGUGAGCAAUGACUUUGCAGUCUCUUUAGCAAAAGUUGACCGCCUUCGUUGCACAGAGCGAAUUACACCCGUACCAUUCUUUUUAGUCGGCCUCAUGUUACGAAGUAACCUUACUUACGAGUCCACCGUUUGCUUUUUUGCGAGGGUUCUAGAAGAAAUGGAGAACGAAGGCGUCAAGGUUAGCUUCCCCAAUGACAAGGACAGAUUGGACAUAUUCUUCAACCAUUUGAAUCACUUCAACUGCAAUGAUCGUGACGUGACAGUGAUAUCACUAAGGCUAUUGGCGGCUACGAGCAUUAGCAAUGGAGUUCUAAGAGAGGUGCUUGACAAGUGUUUUUACAAAGAGAUGGUACCGCCGAUAGAGGUUGUUGUUGGGAAAAACGCGUUGGAACUGCUCUUUAAAGUUUUAUCGUUAUUCCCUGACGGAGAAGUGGUUAAGAAAGUUUUGACGUUCUGGAGAGAAGCCUUUUCUGAAGAUCCGGGUUUCCAAAUGCUAGAAUGCUUGUUGAGCCUCUUCGACGAGGAAGCAUCAAACUGCGAAAGAGCUGUUUUACAGGAAAGGGCAGAAAGAACAUUGGAUUUCUUAGAAUGGCUUCCUCUCCCCAUAGUUCGUUUGAUAAGCGUUUGGCACAGGUUCUUUUGCUGCUUUAUAAGGAUAUUUCCAUCUACGUUCCAUCGGCGUGCAGAGGUAUUGGUUUUUAUUCACAAAGCCGUUCGAGUGCCAACCGAACAACGCCAAGCUUAUUUCUUCUUUGAACAAGACCCCGCUCUUCCGUUGUUGGAAUGGAUUUCUCAGCAAAGCUGCACAGAGGAAAUGAAGAGUGAGAUGAUUUGGCUUCUCAUGUGUUCUACGGACAGAGCAGUGGGCCGCAACUGGGUGAUUGAUACUGGGGUUAUCAGAUCACUAGCCUUGUGCCCGCGGCUGCAAUUUAGCACCAAGAAAUACACUGUUCGCGAGCUGAAUGAAUUUGCCCCAUUCUUCAAGGAGCUAGAGGAAAAGUAUUUAAAAGAAUUCGUCGAAAAAGUCCUAUCUAAUGAAACUCUUGAAUUUAUGGAUGAACUCUUCUUUGAGUUUCUUCCCUUCAUCCAGCGUUUCUUAGACAAGCAGAGGCCCAGCACCAUCCCUACAGACGUCUUGAAACUUCUGUCUUUGCUGUCAAGAGUUUCAAUUUCCGGUACAAGAAGAGUGAAAGUAAUCCAGAUGUCGAAGGAAUCUGGAAAAGGUUUGCUGAGUGGGCUUCGCAUUUUGCAGUUAGUUGAAAUGUAUCAAUGUGUCGUUAAAGAAAGAACAAAUGAAUAUUUUGAUCUUCUUGUCUCUGUACUGGCUGAGACUCUCAAAGGUGACGAAGAAUUAUGUGAGAUUUUUUACAACCAACAUCGCUGCAUUUUUCCUUCAACCGAAGUUCUAAAGGUCUGGACUACUUCAGUCGCUGAAUUGAUAUCUCUGGGUUCGUUCAAAGAAGACACCGAAUCGCGAUGUUGCUGUCCUGUUCUGCAACGAGCUGGGGAAUUUAGUUCUCCGUCUGAGAUUUCACAAAUUCUCACACAAGUAAGGUCAACUGCCGAAAGUGUUGUCCACUUGUCAAGCCAAGGCAUAGUGAAGGCUCCAGCAUCCCGUGAUUUUCAACCUACUUCACAGGGGAGUUCCACUGAGCAAACCGAUCCCCUUGAAAACUUUGUUGAAGCGCUCAGGAUCAUUCUGGAUACAGAUGUGUUAUCGUCUUGCGAGAAAAUGCUGCUGGUAAAGAAAGUAUGUGACUACGUUAUUAGCACACCCGAUAUUUUAACAUCAACAACCUUGAGCAAUGCCUUGACGAAUUUGAUCCCUUGUACGUCCUGGCGACAAAGUACCGUUUCAUCAAUUGAAGAGCUAGGCGUCAGCCAGGAGUGUCGUUGCAUCGUAACCGUCAUGGAACAUCCCACAGAAUUCUUUCAGCUGUCGCGCAGAAUCCCAUUCAGCUUAAACGAUUCUCUAUCUUCCGUUCUCUUCAGAAAGACUGCAAACUCAUUUCCAACAGAUAACAUCGUGGAUAUAUUUCUUUUCAUUGGCUCACUAAAGGACCUAGAUCAAGCAUUCUUUGACCAUUUGGUGCCUUUUUUAGAUGAAGCCAUCCAGGAAUCCAUGUCUGUGAAAGACGUACUAGAACUUUUGAAUGAACUGGUGCAAUUCCUCCGCGGAAUUUGCCCAGGAAUGAUUCCUAUCACGAUGCUCAACUUCGCUUAUCUAUUACAAAAUUCGGUGAACAAACAGGAAAGGCAGCAAUUUCUCACGGAACUUGAACUUGCCAUGAAGUGGGAACUUUCACCAAAGUGGCGCGUUCUUUCGUUUUUGGAAGUCCCUGGACUUCUCUGGAAAUCGUACAACAGUGUCGGCACCCCAGAAAAGAGAUGUGAAAUGAUUUGUCGUGUGCAAGACAUCUUCAAGAAAUCCAGCAAGCUGGAAGAUUGGGCAAUGAGGAGACCUCAGUGUUUCGAACGCCGUGAAGAUAGGAUUACACGACGAAUUGCUUGCUGCGAGCUGGAGUGGCUGGUUUCCCAUUCCUCCCUUUCAACUGUGGAUGCUGCUCUUGUAUUUGACCUGAGCUGUGUUUCCUUACAAAGGGCGUCAUCCGUGCACCAUCUUAGGUGUUUUACGUUUUCUGACGUUCAAAUCAGUGAAGAUGGGGUUUUCACGUUUGCCUCUCAAGACAAUGAUACGGCAUCAGAAGUAUCAACUGCACAUGUACCUGUCAGAGAGAUUGGGUCAACAUGUAGUGUUUCGGCACCUACAGAAAAUGGCUCUCCAACCAUGGUGCCACAAAGCGUCAUUUUAACACCAGUUUUAGUGGCAAAAGAAGUGAUUCAGUUCUUAAAGGGUGUACUUGCACAAGACGAAGAACCCUCUGAAAAUGCCUUUGCGCUAUGGGACCUUGUCUUAAGCAAGUACAAACCACUCUUUCGGUGUGAGGAAGAAUGUACAUCGGCUUAUUCUCUUUUUGAUGAUUACAUUCAUGUUUUCCUGUCAAUUCUGUCAGAAGCCUCGUCAAUAGAACAAGUAUUCCACUGGGCAAGAAUAGAUCCACAUCACGCCUGCCAGUGCUCAAAGGUAAUUUUGGAAGCUUGCAAGUGGAAAGGAGACAAGGCUGACAAGGAGGAUCUCUUGAAACUUCAAUCUGAAGUGAGCACAACCCUGGAGAAAAUGCGAUUAAGUAAACAGAUAAUACACAGAACUCCAUUCGGGAACGUUGCUUUUUCAGUUCCAUGCUUUCGCCAUCUUAAACCACAGUUAACACACAUGCGUAGUCUCCUAGAGAGCAGACUACCGUUUGAGGUCACAGCACGAAUUCUUGCCCUCUACCAAGUCAAUGUCCAAGCUGGAGUCACAGUCGGAGAGAUCGUCUUUCCCUGGUCAUGCGAACAGCAGUCACUGGAACUAAUAGAAAACAUCCAAUCCUUUUAUAAACAAGACGAGAUGUCUUCGUUUAACCCCGCACAAAAUGAAUUUGCUUGGCAAUUGCUAAACGCAUUUGGUCGCAUUUGCAUGAACUCGUCUGAAGAUCUUUUAGUCAGGUUGAAGGAACUGAUUUUACUGUACGACCCAGACGAUGCGUAUGGUCUCAACCGUCUGCCCAAAUGGCGAGAGACGACGAUAGCAGACGGCUUUCCCGUUCGGGCGAUUGACUCCUGGUGUGCAGCUUUCCUAAUGACGCCGCUGGAAGACCUUACAUCGCGCGAUGUUGAUGCCAUUGUUGACCUCAAUUCACACUCCUUGGGGCUUGUUACAUCUGUGUCACAGACUAUUAAAAGAGUCAUUUUUCCUGACGAUGGUUUUCAAGUGACACAAGGGAAAGGAAUCAAAGAAAGUCUGAUCAAAGAACGAAUCCGGUUAGCAAGAUUGCUUGGUGAGUUCAUCAACAUCCUGAAAGUACGAAAACCCGAGGAAAACCACAAAGAUGCUGUUAUCAGAGACAUAGUUGUCGAUGCUUGUGCUGAGCUUUGCGAUAGUCAUAAAAAUAACCGAAAACGGAACGACCUGUACAAAAUCCACGGUCAGAAGCUUAAGGCUCUAUUCACAGAGAUCUUCGGUAAGCGACGUAAGAGCGUGGAUGGUCAAGCUAGUAUUCAAGAUUGCGGAUUGGCACACCGAGGAGACGCACAAGCAGUGAGAGUGGCAGUAUCUGUAGCAAGACAGUCGUCUUACCUGCACGAAAACCUUCCAUCUGUGCUGUCGAAUUCACACGUCUAUGAGCCAAUGCUGGUAUUGUUGAGGCGUUGGUUAUCAGGGAUCGUCACUAAGCCAACCCUUGCCUCUCACACUCUUGCGAUUGUUCAGCUACUGUUUUCUCUUCACCCCUCCAAUGCGGGUCCCGAUCUUCUAGAAGAAUUGCACGGCAUUAUUCAGUCUCGCGUUUUAUCCCUUGAAGAAAAUCAGUCUCUCGUGGCGCAGCUCCAAGCAGCAGGAUACAACCAAAGGCGCGAAGGUAUUCCUGACCUGUGGUCGUCACAUGUGGUGGAGCUUCCUUGCUACCUCAGCAAGCGCGAGAAUCCAAGCAGUAGACUAUUCAAGAAAAAACUGACUGAAGUCCUGAGACGUCUUUGGCAGCAGUUGAAGGAUAUCCUAUUCAGGCUUGGUAUCCCUUCGAUUAAAGUUGGCGAGGAAGAAGUGUGUACGAAAGAUUUAUUUGGUGUUCAAGCUUCUUUGGAGGAGAUGGAGGAACAGGCUGCUACCGUAAAGGAAGUUGUCAAGGAAAUUGUUAAGCGAAUUAACUCAGAAGACCUAGACAGAAGUAUGAAGCAGUUGAUGCGUCAGGAACAGCGUCAUCGAGCAAGGAUUGAAAAACUCUACAAAAGCAACAGGAGUUCAGUGACAUGUGACGAGAUGAAGAAAUUUGUUGCUGUCUGGGACAACCGAUUUCUUGAACAAGUGAAGUUGUGUUCUGAGCGAAUUCCAGGGUGUUACGUUCCAAAUGGUUUUCAUUCCGAGAAACCUGUCCUUUGUGCAUUGUCUGUCGACAACAAGAUCUUGACUGUUUUCAAGGAGGAGAAGCCAGGACGCAGAGAGGAAAUCGAAAAUGUUGAAGUCAAACUUUUUGAAGCUGGUAUGUACGUGUAUGGACUGCACUCCAGUGGCCAUGAUUACGUCACGGACGAGCUGUGGGCUGCAUUUUACAAGAAGCUGCUGGAAGAGAGACUGGUACCCAGUAUUGUCUUGUCCAAUGAAAGUCCAGGGUUCGACUGGAUAAAAGCAUUCGUACAGCCUGCAACCAGCCAUCCUUGGCCCUGGAAGUGGGAAUUGCAUCACGGUAUUGUGCCCCGAAAGGAGGAUUACUUCGAUUACCUGCCGAUAAGUGCCGCUCUGUGGCCAGCUUUGCAUGGAUUAAGAGAAUUCCUUACUCUAACGGCAGACAACGUGUCUAGUUUUCAGUUUGAUGAUUUCAAGGACGUCCACACCGUCGAGGCUAAAGAAAAACAAACAAAGGAAAUGGCUGGCAAAGCCAUUCAAGAACUAAAACGCGAGCUGCACCUGCUGCAUGGAAUUAACGAGCCAAUCAUAAACGCUUUGGCGGGAAAAUUGACGUUUGCUGUUAAAGAGACGGUGAAGGGCGUUAUUGAUGGCGAGCAACCAAAUGAAGAGACAGUAAAGAAGCUGAUCGAUAUGGAAAGACUUGCUUUUGGACGUUCUGAAGUGGAGAGAACUGAAGAGAGUCGACAGCAGUACGCAGCCGCAGUACUUCGUGCAUGUGAGCGUGCGUGGUAAACACUUACCUGAAUUUAGUCACUGUAAACAAACAGUUGAACUGUUCGACGAUAGUUGCCUAUUGAAAAAAUCGUGUUCUAGACGACGUACGCAGCCGCAGUACUUCGUACAUGUGAGCGUGCGCGGUAAACACUUACCUAAAAGAACGUCACUGUAAACAAACUAUUGGACGAUUGUUUCCUUGUUGGCUAAUUAUUGAGAAAACUCGGUAAUCUAAAGUUGUAUCAAAUCCGUAACACACUUGCUACUUGCUUCGUCAAGUAGAUAAUCUGCGGCCUGUCCGAGUCGUAAUGACAGAGUCCCCGUUUAAACCUCAAUUUAGACCCAAACCAGUUCAAAGUUCAAUUGUAGGUCAUUUUAAUCAUGUUGCCUCGUGUCAAUACAGCUUUAGUUGGGUUUGUCGGAGUGAAAUACGGAUAAAUGUAAUUGUUUUGAACUAGUUUUUAGCUAUCUUUAUGAAAACAAGUAUCAUUCGAUCAAAUUCACGUUGAUGUGUUUUCAAAAUGUGGUGAUACUCAAGAGCUUAAUUUAACGUAAGAGUGGCGUGAAAGUUUUCAGUAUCAAUUUUUUAUCUCCUUAUAAUUUCUUAUACAGCAAUAUGGUCGUUAUACAACGGUUUCAGUACACAAACCAUUUUUUCCUGUCAGUGUGUCAGGUUUAACUUCCUGGAAUGGUGUGGAAACUUCAUCAAGGUCACAGUGGUGACGAAUAGCGACACAUGUGUUUUCUAUUUACUGGAAUAAAGAUUUUAAAUUUAAAAACUGGGAGAGAUUUUUUUAAAGAUAUGAAAAUUCACUAGUAUAGAUCGUUUCAGAUUGGUCUUUUAUGCAGAAACACUUAAUUAAGAUUUAGACUUUAACAGGCCAAUUUAGGGUUUAUUUUCAAUGUAACGCAGUUGUAAAUAAACUGAAACGACGAACUUUAUAAAUUAAUAAGUAUGUGA